UUGGAGCUCAUCCACAAAGGUGGCAAGUCAUCUGAGCGAAACGUCCUCUCCCCCCACCCCCCGCUUCCUUCCCCCGUUGUAUGUAGAAUAUCACUAUUCCGAGAACAUGUUCCGAGUCCUUUCCAGAGGUACGCAUCAGAACUUGUAAAUGCCAGUGACGAACAGCUGCCAACGGCGGUCCGAGCGCUUGAAGUUCAAAUAGCGCCUAAAGUCGCAACUCCGAAGGCUUUGGUGAUUUGUGCAAUGGACUCUCGCGAAAGUGGACCACAUCUUAUCGAGGCGGCAAAGGCGGGCGCAGCCCUAAUGGGUGUGGCCUAUGAAAGCCAUGGGGUUCUAACUACACCACAAUUACAUUACAUUGUGAGGUGCAAGAACGAUCCGACUUUUGGUGAUGCACGAGAAAUCGGAUACUACGCCCGUGUAUCGGACGCGUUUAAGAAGCUUCUCAAGCUCGGAACAAAGUCGGAUAAAUCAGACUAUUCAUCUCAUCUCAUACUUGACUGUGCCAACGGUGUCGGAGCGGAGAAGAUGCGCAUGUUGUGCCGUUUCCUUCCAGAGGACUCCUUGAACAUUGAGUUCAGAAAUGAAGACGGUGAAUUGAACCACGAGUGUGGUGCUGAUUACGUGAAGAUUGGGCAGGUCUUGCCUGCCGGUUUUGACGAUGUUGACGUGACUGAAAAAUGCGCUUCAUUCGAUGGGGAUGCAGACAGACUGAUAUAUUUCCGAGCAACUGGUGACGGAAAGAAGGUUACAUUGCUGGAUGGCGACAUUAUUGCUGUACUCCUCACGAAGUUCAUAAAAGAGGCAUUAGACGAUGCUGGAAUCACUGAACUAUCCGUUGGAGUUGUACAAACAGCGUAUGCUAAUGGAAAUUCAACGAAAUACCUCCAAGAAAUCGUGGGUGUGACUCCAGUUUUCGUGCCAACAGGUGUUAAACAUCUGCAUCAUGCCGCUAUGAAGUUCGACAUUGGCGUGUACUUCGAGGCAAAUGGGCACGGAACGGUUGUGUUCAGCGAAAAGUUCGACCAACUGAUAAGAAAGUAG